GUAUCUGAAGAAACAGCCUGAAGAUGAACUUCUUCCUGGAAACAUUGAAAGUCAUUGCACUUUCUCUUUAUUACUUGCUGGAGUCCCUAGUGUUCUUGGUUGUGCCUAGACGGAAGAAGAAUGUUAGUGGUGAAAUAGUAUUAAUAACAGGAGCAGGAAGUGGCGUUGGAAGAUUCUUGUCGUUGAAGUUUGCCGGCCUUGGAGCCACAGUGGUUCUCUGGGACAUUAAUCAAGAGGGGCUCAAGGAGACAAGUAGACUGGCCAGAGAAAAUGGAGCAGUGAGAGUACACUGUUACAUCUGUGACUGUAGCAAAAGGCAGGAGGUCUACAGAGUAGCUGAUCAGGUUAAAAAAGAAGUUGGGGAUGUUAGCAUCCUAGUCAACAAUGCUGGUACCGUAAUUGGGAAGAGGCUUAUUGAUUCUCCAGAUUCACUUGUGGAAAAAACCUUGGAAGUGAACAUAAUGGCACACUUCUGGACUUACAAAGCCUUCCUCCCAGCGAUGAUGGCCUCUAACCAUGGGCACUUGGUUAGUAUUGCAAGCUUAGCGGGACUGAUGGGAAUCAAUUGCCUUUCAGAUUACUGUGCAAGUAAAUUUGCAGCAGUUGGUUUUGCAGAGUCAGUUCAUUUUGAGAUGAGACAUCUGGGAAAAACUGGUGUUAAAACCACAGUUGUGUGUCCUUGCAUCAUAAACACAGGAAUGUUUGAUGGCUGUAGGUCCAAAUGGCCAAAUCUGCUUCCAUCUCUGGAGCCAGAAUAUGUGGCUGAGAAGAUAGUCACUGCUGUUCGGCAGGACCAAGAAAUAUUGCUCUUACCACGCAGUGCCUAUUUUUUGUUGAUUUUGAAACAUCUCCUACCAGUGAAAGCGGUCGCUCUCCUUGUGGACUAUUUUGGAAUCCUCCAUGUCAUGGAUAGCUUCAAAGGUCGAGCAAAGAAGGACUGAAAAAAAGCACAAAACUCAGAGACCAGC